UUCCUUGACUAUUACACCAACGCCGCAGCUCUCAGCUACUUCGUGAACAUCAAGCAAUGUACCAAAGACAUCUACAGCAACAUUACAAUGUAUUCGUAUGGGGACGUCAUCACCAAUGGCUACGUGAUCAGUUACCCCACGGGGAAGUUCAUCCUGACGUACAGCUCAGACAGAGAGGUAGAUGGGAGGCACCUGAACCUAUCUGGUCCUGCUAUCAGAUCAACAGGCAUUGCUCUUGGAGACUCAAGAGAUGUGAUUGUUGAUAUGAACGACCUCAACCCCGCUACCGGAAGUGUAAUGGACCAAUCAGAAGUUAUCUGCAAAAACGACGGAAACGCCCAAGGUGGUUUCCAGUUGUUUGCUCAGACGCCCAAAGGAACUCUACUGACGACCUUGAACGAUGUCCAAAUGUCGCUUAUGACUGGGGAGAUUGUAUAUUACGUCUUUGAUAUCUACCAUUGCUUACCUGUCGAACCGUUAGAUGCUAAACAGUACUACGCUGGAAGAAUCGUUGAUUUCCGAAUCAACAAGAAAGGUGCUAUGGUGUUUUCUGAUCGUCUCCUUGGUCUCGGUUUUAUUACAGUCUUCAAUGUUGAGCUGACGUCCGAAUCUGACAUCACGAUUGACAUGUACAUGUACUCCAGGCAAACAUCGGAGUCAACCCAUUUGGCCAACAAAACGUGCACAUAUGGCGAUACCUUCAAAAUCUACAAACACUCUUUAUAAAUAUAGUGUUGACACAAAGCCAAUGGAUUAAUAAAAUUACUCGUUUCCCUA